AUGGACGUUACCGAUGGCAGCAAAAGAAAAAGUGAAAAUUUGGAAGUCACCGGAGUUUCGAGAUCCGGAAGGGUUAGGAAAAAAUCUAGUAAACUUGUUGAUUUUGAAUCUACUGAUGAAGUAGACAUUAGACAAAAAAGAAAACUUCAAAAUGAUCGAGGAGAUCAGUCAUCUGGUAGUAGAUCAAAAAAAGUUCAAAAAACUACAAAAAACAAGCCUGAAGAAGAAGGACAAUCAUUUUCUGAAAAUGUAAAAGAAAAUGAUGCAAAUGGAAAUCAUCCAGAUUCAGAUACAGAUAGUGAGUUGGGUCAACCUCAUAUUGAUGAAGAAGAUGAAGAGUAUGAAAUGGGUGAGGAUGAUGAUGAAGAAGAAGAAGAAGAGGAGGAGGAUGAAGAUGAUGAUUACAAUGAAGGGCAGUUAGUUGUAGAUGAAAAAACUCCAACUCAGUCACUUUACAUGAUGGAAAAAUCUAAAAAAAAAUUAGUAAUAAAAGAUGGAAAAGUAGUUGGAACCACAAAAACUCAAAGGAAAGAUAAAGGAAAAGCAAGAUUUACAGCAUACAUGAUGUGGGCUAAAGAAAUUAGACAAGAAUUAAACAAACAAUACCCAGACAUGGAUUUUACAACUAUGGCUAGAAGACUUAGUGAGCUUUGGGGAACAGUUCCCAAUUCUGAAAGAGAAUUAUGGAGAAGAAAAGCUAAAAGAGAGGCUGCAAAAAAACAAAAAUGUAUAAAACAGGAUGCUCCAUUAUUACCUAGUAGAAAAUUUAUAAAUAAAAAGGGAGGACCUAUUCAGCCACCAUUGAACAAUAUCCCUGUUGCAAAACCAGUUGCCACAUCUCCACCGGAAAAUCAAGUUCAAAUUAAUCAAAUUAAAAAACAACAAGAAGUUAUCACAAGUCCAGGUUUAUACAAAGUAACAGGUAUUGCUCCAAUAGAUGUUGCUGCACAUUUAAAAUUAUUAGGAGAAUCAUUAUUUAUUAUAGGAGAAAGACUGCAGGAACAUGAAGGGCAAAUUGCUGUAUCAGGUAGUUUGUCGGUUCUCCUAGAUUCUUUGUUAUGUGCAGUUGGUCCAUUGCUUUGUCUGACUCAACAAGUUGAAGAAAUGAAAUCAAAUAGUCAAGUCCUGUCAAAAAUCCUUCAAAAUGUCGCGUACAUGAUGCCUGGUUUAGGAUAA